AUGUUUGGCGGAAGUCGCAAGCCGUAUUCGGCUGUAACGGUACAGAUAGAGCGCCUUACGAGCGAGCAGUAUGAGCCGGACGAUCUUGGGGGCAUCGUGGACCUAGUCGAGGUCGUCCGCAUCCAGGAUUCCGGGCCCACAGAAGCCGCUAGAGCGAUUCGCAAAAAGCUGAAGUAUGGAAACGUGCAUCGUCAGCUGCGCGCUCUCACCAUCCUCGAUGGCCUGAUCCAAAAUGCCGGCAGCCGCUUCCAACGUGCAUUUGCGGACGAGCCCCUUCUCGAGCGCCUGCGCAUACUCGCUCGCGACGACAUGGUAGAUCCGGACGUCCGCGCCAAGUGCAAUAUUCUGUUCCGUCAGUGGGCUGUGGCCUACAAAGGUACGGCCGGUCUUGAGCAGAUUGCAACUCUGUACAAGCAGCUUCCCCAGACGAAAAAGCGGCCUCACCCAAGCCAAUCGAAAGUCCUCAGGGAGACUGAAGCCGAGGCCGAACAGGAACCCUUGCCGGACUCGUCUACGACUUCCAGACAUAGACCGACGCUCUCAGAGUCGUCCAGGACUGCCUCGUCACCACCCAGCGCAUCCCGGCCGACCUUGCCUCCCGCGGCGCCUCUUUCGAGCUCAUCUAUAUUCUCCAGCAUGCAUUCCAAGGACAGAAAAGGAAAAAUCAAGCCGUUCAACCUAGAGAAGGAGAAGCCGAGGAUCAUGGAGACCAUUGCAUCUGCCUCGGUUGCGAGCACCAACCUCCAAAAUGCGCUCCAGCUUGUCAAUCGUGAAAAUGAGAGAGUAAGCGAGAACCGCGAGGUCAUGGAGCGCUUUGAGACCUGCAAGCGCCUCAGACGCCAAGUCCUCCGCUACAUCCAGCUUGUCGAGUCCGACCAAUGGAUCGGGAGUUUACUGACCGCAAACGACGAACUCGUGAAGGCGCUGAUGUCGUACGAGAUACUUGACAAAAGCGUCGAGGAUGACAGCGACAGCGAAUACGAACAGCUGCCGGAUGACAACACCAGUCCGAGUGCUGCCCGAAAGCCAUCGCUUAGGCCAGGCACAGAAGCCGCUCUAGCUGGUCUGAAUCUGAGCGAGCCAUCCCCGCCGCCUAAACCGCAGAGGCCCGGCAAGAUCGCAAUGCCAUCACCACCUCCGAUGCCCAUCCCUGGCAAGCAAAGAGCUGAAGACAGCGAAAGUGAGUCCGAAGAGGACCUGGAUCCAGAUGAUCCAUUUGGUGACCAAAACGCGGUCAAGACACCCUAUCAAGAAAGGAGCGGGAUGACCUGGUAA